AAAGCAUGCACAUAUUUUGCUGUGUGUAACAAGAAAGAUUCCAAAAAUCUUAAUAUAAUUAGGUUAAAUCUUUAUUUCUUGAGGGUAGUUGGGAAGAGCAGGAGAAAGUCAAUCUAUUGGAACUAGUAUCCUCAAGCUUGCGUAGCAUUUGGCAAGCCAAUCUUGACCAUACGAAACCCAUAAAUCUACAACCUAUUCUCCACAAAUCUCUCACAACUAAUCCUCUUCACCUUCCCUUCUGCAUUAUUGAGCAAGAGCCAUUCCCCUCCUUUUCUCUUGCUAAAACUUGCUUGUUCUGUUAACUUUACUUCUUAACCAUGUUGAGAGCUUUGAGUACCAGGAGAUGUCCUCACAGGUACGAGCGCCUUGGGGAGGAUCCUACUGUUAGCUUGUUGGAAGGAAGGUUGAAGAGGGCAACCAGUUUGCCAACUCGAGUACUCGGUUCCGGGUCGAGGAAACCGACAUCUGAGAUUAUAUUUCCUGAGUUUGCUCAAGCGAAUCAGAAGCAGUCAAAGAAAGCUAACAAAGGGGGACACCCUCUUUUCAGUUUCUUUGAUUUUCGCCGCAAGAGGAAGUCAACAGCCAGGCCUGAAUUUGCAAGGUAUCUAGAGUAUUUGAAGGAAGGAGGACUGUGGGAUUUGAAAGCAAAUGCUCCUGUAAUCUACUUCAAGUGAUCUAAUUCAUAUUUGUUUGUUCUUCUUCCACUAUAUACAUGUAACUUUUGCUCCGUCUGAAGGGAAAGAUAUUUGGUUUUAGUUUGUAAAACGAAGAUUUAAAUUAUCAGCAAUCUUCUAUCCGAGGUUUUUUUUUUUCU